CGCGGGCGGGGGCGCCGCCCGGUGCGGGACCGCCGUGCCACGUCUGAGCCGCUCGGCCGGAGGGCAGCCCGGGACUGCCGGGGCACCGCCGUCGCCAUGGUCUCGGUAAUUAACACCGUGGACACCUCUCACGAGGACAUGAUACACGACGCCCAGAUGGAUUACUACGGCACCCGGCUGGCCACCUGCUCCUCCGACCGCUCCCUCAAGAUCUUCGACGUGCGCAACGGGGGCCAGAUCCUCAUCGCUGACCUGAGAGGGCAUGAAGGACCUGUGUGGCAGGUGGCCUGGGCUCACCCCAUGUACGGCAACAUCCUGGCCUCCUGCUCCUACGACAGGAAGGUCAUCGUCUGGAAGGAGGAGAGCGGCACCUGGGAGAAGACCUACGAGUACACAGGGCACGACUCCUCAGUGAACUCUGUCUGCUGGGCACCACAUGACUAUGGACUGAUCCUGGCCUGUGGCAGCUCUGAUGGAGCCAUUUCCUUGCUGAGCUACACAGGGGAUGGGCAGUGGGAAGUCAAAAAGAUCAGCAAUGCUCACACGAUUGGAUGCAAUGCAGUCAGCUGGGCUCCUGCUGUGGUCCCAGGAAGCCUGAUAGAGCAACCCUCUGGUCAGAAACCAAACUACAUCAAGAGGUUUGCAUCUGGGGGCUGUGACAACCUCGUCAAGAUCUGGAAGGAAGAAGAUGGGCAGUGGAAAGAGGAGCAGAAGCUGGAGGCUCACAGCGACUGGGUUCGGGACGUGGCCUGGGCUCCGUCCAUAGGGCUGCCCACAAGCACCAUUGCCAGCUGCUCACAGGAUGGCAGAGUGUUCAUCUGGAGCUGUGACGAUGCCUCUGGCAACUCCUGGUCACCAAAGCUGCUGCACAAGUUCAACGACGUGGUCUGGCACGUGAGCUGGUCCAUCACUGCCAACAUCCUUGCAGUGUCUGGAGGGGACAACAAAGUCACGCUGUGGAAGGAGUCGGUGGAUGGACUGUGGGCCUGCAUCAGCGACGUCAACAAGGGGCAGGGCGGGGUCUCAGCCGCCGCAGAGGGGCAGCAGAACGAGCAGUGAUGCCCCCGCAGGGCCC